AUAUUUGUUCCGGAGGUCGACAGAACGGAAGUUCCAGCGCGUAUUCUUAACGCCACCAACCAAACGCGCCCAACAGUACAACUAUCUUCUUCGUCGUCGUUGUCUCCGUCUUAAUUUCUGUCAAAAUAAAAUGGAAAGUGGCUUUUUCAACUGCUUCCGUUGGCAUCUUUGAUGGGUUUCGUCCUGAAUCUCGUUCUCGUUUGUCUUUAAUUCGUCAGACUUGCUAGUGUUCUCGUAAAUCUGGUUGUUAACUUCAGCUCAACUUGAUGCUGGGGAUGCUGAUGGGACAAGAAUUUGAAUUGCCUUGAUGCUCGUUGAAGUAGCGGAAGCUAAGUUACGAAGCUAGGGUUUCUUCGGGUUGGGUUCUUAUAAUGCAGAAUUCUGGGGACGAGGAUCAGAACAAGCAAGAUCAGAGGAAAAAUACGGGUAUGGAGGACUCAACUGCUAUGACUAUUGACUUCCUUCGUGCUCGGUUACUAUCUGAAAGAUCUGUCUCGAGAACUGCAAGACAAAGAGCUGAAGAGCUAGCUAAGAGGGUAGUUGAACUGGAGGAACAACUAAAGCUUGUGACUCUCCAAAGAAAGAAAGCUGAGAAGGCAACGGCAGAGGUUCUAUCUAUUUUGGAGAACCAUGGAAUCAGUGACUUUUCGGAGGCAUUUGAUUCAAGCUCUGACCAGGAAGAAGCCUCUAAGUCAAAAGAGGAUGAUGAUUCCACAAAGAAAGAGGAAAGUUCUGUGACAUCAGAACUGAGAGACAAACCAGAGGAAUUGCCUUCUCUGGAGCUUGAAGGUUCUUUACCUGGUAGAAGUUUGUGUUGGAAAAGCUCCAAUGAUAGUCCAAAAUCCACUGAAAAGAAAUACAUGGAUCAGGCUAGAAGGCAGCGGAGCAGUUUGAUGUAUACUAGUUGGUCUUCUCCAAGGCAAUGUCCAGGCAAGUCAUGCCGCCAGAUAAAACGAAGAGAAACCAGAUCUGCAGAAGAUGAGGUAUACGAUAGACCUAUCCAGCUUGAGGAUCAAGAAAAGGGAGCUGCUACCAGUGGACAAGAUACAGACAUGGAAAGAGCACUAGAGCACCAAGCUCAGCUCAUAGGUCAAUAUGAAGCAGAAGAAAAUGCUCAGAGAGAAUGGGAGGAGAAGUACAGAGAAAAUAACAGCUGUACUCCGGAUUCAUGUGAACCUGGGAAUCGGUCAGAUGUUACUGAAGAAAGAGACUACAUCAGGCCUGAAACAACAGAGCCCGGUAAAGCAGUUCUUUCUCAUGACCAAGGAAUAAAGUCAGAGGCAGAAGGUAUCUGCUGCCAUGAUGAUGCAACAGCCAAAACUCCUUCAAGUUCCUUUGUCCCCAGUACAUAUGGUGAUAUGGGAUGCUCAUUGGAUCAACAUUCCAACAGUAGCAAAAGCACUGCUGGUAAUGAACUCCCAGCUGUUUUUUCUUUUCCAGACCAACUUAACCUAGAGCUUAACUCCAAGGUGAAGCAGAAGCAAGAGUGUCCUGAGAAUGACCAUCUUUACCAACCUUCAUCUGAGUACCCUGAUCACUGCCAAGUACAGAAUUCUUCUUCUCAUAUGGAUGGGAAUUUUCUUGAAGGAGAAUCAUCAAAGAGCCAAAACAACUCCCAUGCAGUAAUGUUGCAUGAAACAGCCAGUGGUUUGGGGAGUGUGUUGGAGGCACUUCAACGUGCAAAGCUAUCACUAAAACAUGAACUUGAUAAAUUGCCAUUGUCAACCCAAGUGGGAGCUAUGGCAAGAGUGCCAGAAAUUACUGAUCCUGCUACAGGGGCUGAUGAUACAAUAGAUAUUCCUGUUGGAUGUGCUGGUCUAUUCAGAGUACCAACUGAUUUCCAAUUUGAAGCUACUUGUUCUUCUCAUACCAAAUUAUUGGGGUCUUCCUCCAAUUCUCAGUUAAGUUUGACCAGUUAUUAUCCCAGUGUGAGAGUUGGACCUGCUGAUAGAUAUCAAUAUGCCUACAGCCCUCAGUUGGAUACUGAAACUAGAACUUCUAUUAAGAAGCCAUAUGUUGAUCCUUAUUUGGAUGCAGGAAUUGGUUCACCUACUAUGAGUAGAUACACUUAUCCUUCAUAUGCAGACCUUAUGCCAAGAAUGCCAACCGGCUCUAAUGAUGGAUUUCAGGGAUCACGGCCAAUGCCAACAAUGUCAGCUGGCUCUAGCAAUGGAUUUCCAAGACUGCAACCUAUCCCAAGAGUUAGAAUGCCAAUGAGCUCUAAUGAUGGAUUUCCUUGGCUGCAACCUGUGCCAAGAAUGCCAAUUAGUUCUAGUGAUGGAUUUCCUGGAUUGCAACCUAUGCCAAGAAUGCCAUCCAACUCUAGUGAUGGAUUUCCUGGACUGCAACCUGUGUCAAGAAUGCCAGUUAGUUCUAGUGAUGGAUUUCCUGGACUGCAACCUAUGCCAAGAAUGCCAUCUAGCUCUAGUAAUGGAUUUCCUGGACGGCAACCUAUGCCAAGAAUGCCAAAUAGCUUUAGUGAUGGAUUUCCAGGACUAACACCAAGUAUGGCACCUGGAGUUCUGUCGGGAGAUCGAUAUGCUGUGUACAAAGAUCAGAUUCGACCUAAUAUGCAUAGAUAUUAGUUUGCAUUUGGCAGAUACUGGGCUGUUCACGUUGUAAGUCUCCCGUGAAGAUUUUGUGAUAUUGAUUAUGCAAUAUGUAUUUCUCGUAGGAGACCAUCUGUAUCAUAUUUGAGUUAUAGAUGCAAAAAAAAAAAGAAAAAAAACUGUGUAUUUAA